CAAAUCUAGAGGAACGAACUAAAAUAAAAAACCAUUCGUUCUUUCAUUCGUGACAUAUUUUUUUCAAGCAAGCAAUCUUUUUAUUUUACUGUAUGUAGGAAAUACAUUGUAGAUUAAUAGCUUAAUUUAAUUAUUGAUAUUUAUUUAGGUGUGUCUAAUUAGGUGUAAGUGAUAAUGGCAGAUUUCCUGGAGUCUGAGGCGGAGGAGAGCGAGUUGGACUCUGAAGACGAAGACCAGCCGGCAGAACGCAAGAAGCCGAAGCGUAAAGCGGCGGUACAGAGCGACGAUGAGGACGAGGAGGAGGAAGAUGAUGAUGAGCGUCUCCGAGAGGAGUUAAAAGAUUUGAUUGAUGAUGCGCCUAUAGAAUCUGGUAGUGAUGGGGAAGAUUCUGAUGCUAGUGCAGGGCCAAAAAAAAGAAAAAAAAGUGAUGAUGAACUGGAUGACAGACUUGAGGAUGAGGAUUAUGACCUGAUUGAGGAGAAUCUUGGUGUUAAAGUUGCGAGGAACAAGUUCAAACGUCUUCGCCGUUUGGAAGAUGAUGACAGUGACAAUGAAGGAGCCGAUGACCCUGAUUUGGAGAGAGAAGUCAUCGCUGAGAAACUGUUUGUUGGUGGUUCAGAUGAGGAGGAUGAAAAUCGUUCAGAGUCAGCAGCGCCGCGGGAAGCCGAAUAUGACGAAGAAAAUGAUGACAUGGAGUCAGACGCUGAUGAUUUUAUUGUUGAUGAUGAUGGUAGACCUAUUGCUGAACGCAAGAAGAAACGGAAACCUAUAUUUACUGAUGCCUCCUUGCAAGAGGGUCAGGACAUAUUCGGUGUGGACUUUGAUUACGAUGAGUUUGAGAAAUAUGGUGACGAGGAAUACGAGGAUGAAGAUGAGGAAGAUUUGGACGAGUACCUCGAGGAUGAGGAGGAAGAGGGAGAAAGACGUAGAACUAAGAAAGGCAAAGCGAAAAGGCCGAGUAAAAAAUCUAUAUUUGAAAUUUACGAGCCUAGCGAGUUGAAGAGAAGCCAUUUCACUGAUUUGGACAAUGAGAUACGUAAAACGGACGUGCCGGAGCGCAUGCAGAUCCGCGAGGUGCCCAUAACUCCAGUGGAGGAGGGCAGCACAGAGCUGGAGGAUGAGGCCGAGUGGAUUUACAAACAGGCAUUCCUCAAGCCGCCUGUAUCGAAGGCUGACCCGCAAGAUUCUAGAGAAAGAUCAAGGAGAGGUUCAAGUACAAUAACAAAGAUUCGUCAGGCAUUAGAUUUUAUGCGUAACCAGACUCUGGAGGUGCCUUUCAUAGCGUUCUACCGUAAGGAGUACGUACAGCCGGAGCUUAGCAUUAACGACCUAUGGAAAGUUUACAAAUAUGACGCUAAGUGGUGUCAACUGAAGCAACGCAAGGAGAACCUGCUGAAGCUGUUCGAGAACAUGCGCGAGUUCCAGCUGGACAAGGUGAUGCAGGAUCCCGACGCGCCGCUGCCGGAGAACAUGAGACUCAUAAGAGACGAGGACAUUGAAAGACUGAAAAACGUGCAAACGUCGGAGGAGUUGCGCGACGUACACACGCAUUUCCUAUUGUAUUAUUCAAACGAACUGCCUGAAAUGCAGAAGUUACAACGCGGCAAGGAGAAGAAAAAAGAAUUGGAAGAGAAGAAAAAAUUCGCCCGUGAAGAAGCGGAGAAGAAUGGCGAGGAUCCUGAAGAAGCGGCGGCUGCUGUGGAGGCCGCCGAGCCCGAGGACGAGGAACCCUCGGAAAUCAAAUACGCUGUGAGGUCUGGACCUUACGAGUUGUGCAGGAAGGCUGGUAUUGAGCCGCUGGUGAAGAAGUUCGGUCUAACGCCGGAGCAGUUCGCGGAGAACGUGCGCGACAACUACCAGCGGCACGAGGUGGAGCAGCAGCCCGUCGCGCCGCUAGAGGCCGCCGCUGAAUAUGCAGGGUCGAUAGGAUUAGGUGCGCCUGAGGUGGUUCGCCGAGCGGUUUACAUGUGCGGCGUGCAACUUGCUCGCGAACCGUUGUUGCGCGCAACGUUACGGGACGCGUUGCGCGAACGGGCCACUAUCACCGUCAAACCAACGGCAAAGGGGUUGAAAGAAAUCGACGAGAACCAUGCUUGUUACAGUUUAAAAUACUUGAAGAAGAAGCCCGUGCGCGAUCUGACCGGCGAUCAAUACCUCAAGCUGACGAUGGCCGCUGAAGACAAACUGUUGGAGUUGUCCAUCAGUGAACAGAUCGAGGGAAACACAGGGCCUAGCUACCUGGAGGAGCUCAAGCAGUUGUACCAGAAGGACGAGUUCGCCGCGACGGUACAAGCGUGGAACGAGCUGCGAGCCGAGGCGGUCACCAUAGCCCUCACCAAGAUCGUGAUGCCGGAGCUGCGACGGGAACUGAACGCUCUGCUGCUGCAGGAGUCAAAGGAAUAUGUACUCAAGUGUUGCCGUCGCCGGCUUUAUGAUUGGUUGAAGGUGGCACCUUAUGAGUCGCGCGUGUCUGACGACGACGAUGAGGAAUGGGACACAUCCAAUGGCCUGCGCGUGAUGUCGGUGGCGUACGUGCCGGACCGGCAGCAGUCGGCGUUCGCGUGCGUGGUGGGCGGCGGCGGCGAGGUGGCCGACCACCUGCGCCUGCCGCACCUGCUGCUGCGCCGCAACGCCUGGAACGCGCUCGAGCGCCGCAACAAGGAGGCCGACCUCGCCGCCAUGCGCAAGUUUAUCCUUCGCAAGAAACCGCACGUCAUAGUGAUAGGCGGCGAGUCACGUGAAGCGUUGAACAUUAAGGCGGACAUCGCCGAGUGCGUUCAGCAGUUGGUAGAAGACGAACAGUUCCCCAGGAUACCCAUAGAGAUAGCGGACAACCACUUUAGCAAGAUCUACAGCAAUAGUAUACGAGGGAGGAACGAUUUUAGAGAGUAUCCCGAGAUAUUACGGCAAGCCAUAUGCCAAGGCCGUCUACUGCAAGACCCUCUCAUGGAAAUAUCACAGCUCUGCGGUCCAGAUGAGGAAAUAUUAUGUCUCAGAUACCAUCCCUUACAAGACCAGAUAGCUAAAGAAGACUUGUUAGAAGGCAUUGAACUGGAAUUUGUGAAUAGAAUCAACGAAGUAGGUGUUGACGUGAACGAAGCAAUAUUAACUGGUAGAGGGACAGAAUUACUGCAAUUUGUGUGCGGUCUGGGUCCUAGAAAAGCUCAGGCACUGAUCAAACUCUUCAAACAGACCAAUCAGAAGCUCGAAAACAGAACGCAGUUGGUAACGGUAUGCCACAUGGGGCCUAAAGUGUUCAUCAACUGUUCAGGUUUCAUUAAAAUCGACACGAGCAGUCUCGGAGAUAGUACUGAAGCGUACAUCGAAGUGCUGGACGGCUCCCGAGUACAUCCGGAAACGUACGAAUGGGCUCGCAAGAUGGCGGUCGACGCGCUAGAGUACGAAGACGAGGACGCCAACCCCGCGGGCGCCUUGGAAGAGAUCCUCGAAGCCCCAGAAAGACUGAAAGACUUAGAUUUGGAUGCUUUCGCUGAGGAAUUAGAGCGGCAGGGCUUUGGCAACAAGAGCAUUACUUUGUAUGACAUUCGAGCGGAAUUGGACUCUAGGUAUAAAGAUUUGAGAGUUCCGUAUCGAUCGCCGACGGCUGAAGAGUUGUUUGAUAUAUUGACCAAAGAGUCGCCGGAAACUUUCUAUAUAGGAAAGAUGGUUUUGGCGUCGGUUGUGGGCAUAACGCACAGGAAGCCGCAAAGAGAAAUGUUAGAUCAAGCUACGCCGGUGAGGAAUGACGAGACCGGACUGUGGCAGUGUCCUUUCUGUUAUAAGAAUGAUUUCCCCGAGUUGUCUGAGGUAUGGAACCACUUCGACGCGGGCGCGUGUCCGGGCCAGGCGACCGGCGUCCGGAUCCGUCUGGACAACGGGCUGUCCGGCUACAUCCACAUCAAGAACCUGUCCGACCGGCACGUGACCGACCCCACGGAGCGCGUGCGCAUCGGACAGACCGUGCACUGUAGGAUACUCAAGAUAGACGUCGAACGGUUCUCCGUGGACUGCUCGUCGAAAUCAUCAGACUUGUUAGAUAAGAAUAAUGAAUGGAGACCACCGAAAGAUCCAUAUUACGAUCAAGAAUCAGAGGACAAAGAUUUACGGAAAGAAAAAGAAGCAAAACAGACCAAAGAGCGCAUGCAGUACGUAAAACGAGUUAUAGUGCACCCUGCCUUCCACAACAUAUCGUUUGCGGAGGCCGAGAAACUCAUGGAGAAGAUGGCGCAGGGUGAAGUUAUCGUCAGGCCGAGCAGUAAAGGUUCCGAUCAUCUAACUGUAACGUGGAAAGUCGCAGACAACAUAUAUCAGCAUAUAGACGUGCGGGAAGAAGGCAAAGAAAAUGCUUUUUCAUUGGGUCGGAGUCUUUGGAUAGGCGGUUCCGAGUUUGAAGACUUAGAUGAAAUUAUCGCGCGGCACGUGACGCCGAUGGCGGGACACGCGCGAGACCUCAUCUCGUAUAAGUACUACAGGCCACUCGGCGGCAUGAGGGAUAAGGCUGAAGAGAUACUCAAGGAAGAGAAGGCAAAGAACGCGAACAAAAUUCACUAUGUGAUCUCUGCAGCGAAGAACUACCCCGGACGGUUCCUCAUGUCGUACCUGCCGCGCGCCCGCUGCACGCACGAGUACAUCUCGGUCACGCCCGACGGGUACAAGUUCCGCCAGCGCAUGUUCGACUCGUUGGCGGGCCUGCUCAAGUGGUUUAAGGAACACUUCCGCGAGCCUCCUCCCAGUGGCACUCCCGCCCAGCGCACCCCCGCCCGCACGCCCCACGCGCUCGCCUCCUCCGCCUACCACACGCCUGCCGCCCACACGCCCGCCUUCCACACGCCCGCGCACACGCCCGGCCCCGCCUACAUCAACACGCCCUACACGCCUUCCGCGCAGACGCCCUACAUGACUCCAUUCGCCAGCACGCCGCGCCAGCCUGAGUUCGCCACACCCGCCGCGCCCGUGCACUCUGUGCACGCCGCUCAUGCAGCGCACGCGGCCCGACAGAAGGCCGCCGCCGCCGCAGCAGCCGCCGCCGCGUACACCGAACCCGCCGACUGGCAGAAAGCGGCCGAGGACUGGGUGCGGCACCGCACGGCGCGCGAGGGUGCCUCGUCGCGCACUCCGCGCUCCACGCCGCGACACGACUCUAGGGACGGCCGGGACGGACGAGAUGGACGCGAGGCACGGGACUCGAGGGAUUCGAGGGACUCUAGGGACUCCAGGGACGGGCGGGAGAGUCGCGACGGGCGCGAGUCCCGCGAGUCGCGCUCCACGCCGCGCACGCCGCACUCGAGCCACGGACACGGGCACGGGCACGGACACGGGCACGGGCACACGCACGGGAGCCACUCGGGGCGCUCGUCGCGCGCGCACUCGCUGCGCUCGACGCCGCACACCAACACGUCGCCGCGCUCCAUGUCGCUGGGCGACGCGACGCCGCUCUACGACGAGAACUGAACGGGGCCGGAGCGCAUCUAUAUUAUUUUUGUACAGUGCCCGCUAUGGGCGUGCUCCUUGUGAGUUUCGCGUUCGCUUUGGCUUCGGAUGUAUGCAGCGAAUGACUCCACGACAGCCACCAACUAUACCCCAAAAUCUUCGAUAGUGAUUCCUUAUAACGCCGUGUUCCCCGGUUGAUCUGAAACAUGUCAAUUGUGCUCAAAUAAACGGCAUUUAUUCGAAUUAUCGCGUUACAUAGAUUUUAAGAACAUAUAAAAAAAAUCUAAAUUAAACAACUAAUUCGACCCCUGGGGUGUAGUCGCAUUGUGGUUGUCGAUAAGUUAACAGAAUGCCCGAUUCUGCGCCUUAAUAAUAUAACAAACUGGCAAUCCUACGGAUUAUAAUAGAUGAAUAUAAAGCGUUUUGUGAUUUUGAAAUGAUGAUACGUUUAAUUAUAAUUAUGUAACGACAGUUUUAUGUAUCUAGAUUAUAGACAUCGCGUGAACGGUAACCACCUUGUGUUGGUUACUACAUGACAUACUGCAAUACCUCUACGGAACAGCGUUGUUAAUGUUUCUACAAUGUAUUCUAUUAUAUAAUUCUAACGUAUGCCUUACGUUACACAAAUAAGGGAAAAUAUUAAUAAAUAAAAGGUGAUGUUAGACGGUCUGCUUGACUCUAAUGCUUCGUUAAUAUUUUCACUUUGUUGAAGUCAGCUGCCUUCGUGUUGCGAUGACGUAGCAUGCAUCAAAUAUGCAUGCUACAUCAUCGCAACACGAAGAUAACUGCAGUAGAUUGUCGUCUAAGGGCAUGCAGUCGGUCUGUUAUCAGCCUUUAUAAGUUAAUGCCUAAGGCAGUGUUGCCAAAAAAACAAUUUUGCCUUUUCCAUUGCGAUAUACAGAUUGAAUUUUUCAAGUGGGUGUGGAAGGCAAAUUUCGAAAUUAUGAGGAUAAACGAAAAAUAAUCAAAGAGAUCGGGGCCUUUUAAAUUUUUUAAAUAAUAUUCCUAGCCACAGGUAUUGAACCCGUUGAUUUUGUCAAAAAAAACGCAAUUUUUCAAAAGUCCUUUUGAUCAGAAUGGGCACUGAGAUUUCUUUGAGUAUUUUUGGCUAUUCCUCAUACUUUCGGAUUUCGCCAUUCACGCCCAAUCGAAAAAUUCAUCUGUGUAUUUAUUAAAUUUAGCGAAAAUUCACAGAUAUCAAUAUUCACAAACGGAAUCCUAUAUUGAGGAAUAUAAUGAUUUGACAAAUGUGCAGAUGAACUCGUUCUUGAUUAUAAUUUAUGUUAGAUAUAAACAGUAAUAGCUGCUAAAAUGUAUUUGAUUAUUAUGACUAAAAUAAUUGAUUAUUUUUCUUAAGUGUGUGAGAGCUAGUGACGGUCUCAGUUAAGGACUAAGAUAGAUAUUGAAACUAAUUAUACUGGAUAAGCAAGUACGUUUCUUGGGCUUGUCUUAUUCAAGCUCACAUUGCCUAUAUUCAACAAGUUUUAUUUAUUAAUGUUUGAAUUUUAAAAUAAUUUGUGGACUAUCAUUACCAAUUAUUUUUAUUUAUUACUUUACAAGAAAUGGGGCGAAGGAGUAGACAAAUAACGGUUUUUUAACAUGUAGUGUUCAAACUUCAAGUCUUAGUUAAUGUCUUUUACAACAAAUAAAAAAAAACUUGAUUACACAAUCAUUUCAAAUUGCUUCAUUUUUUCCUGUUAAUCUUCAUGUCUCAAUACAAAAAAAAAAAUGGCGCGUACGCACGCAUUUGGGACUGUACGAGCUUCAAGAGCGUCUCUGCUUGUAUCUGAUUGCUAAGAAACUUGCGUGACUGUAACGCGCACAUUUACUUUCGACCUUUACCGCCGUAAAUAUACAAGGAAUGUUAACGCUCAAUACAAAUUUCCUGAUAAUAAAAUGGCUGCUUUCUAUAUCGCUCUACCCCCGAUUUUUUUUACGAAAUGUUGCCAACUCAUGAAUAUUUUAAUACGGCCCUCCUUGAUCACUAAAAGCAGUUACGUUUUUCAGAUAAAAAUGUGUUAUAAAAAGAUUGAUGAAUGAAACAAGUAUCUAUAUAUUUUAUACUUAUGCUGUAUUGUAAAAAGCUUAUAUAUAAAUAAGUUUAUUUUUAAUUGGGUCCAAUAUUUUCUUCUCGCGUUUUAUUUUAACGUUUGCUUCCAAUUUCUUGACAGUAUUAUCUGUUUCAUAUCCAAAUAUGCUUCUAAACGAUUUUCGUCUCUCUAAAUGUAUGUAUUUUCGAUACUACAAAGUUAAAUGCUAAAUUGUUUGCGUUACAAUCAUGUGACGGCUAUAUGCCUUGUGACGGUUAGUGAACUGAGAAAUUACUCAUUGCGUUAUAAUUUAUUCACGGCGAUCCACUCAAAGGUGUAAUAAAAUAUGACAACCCAAACA